CCUCACAAGCACCCGCGCGCCCAUCUGCUGCAACCUGCAAGAAUCGCUCCAUCUCGCCAUUGCCGCCCUCGGCAGAACGCCGGGCCACUCACUCUGCACGCAUUGCUCCAAGAAGCCGCUCACUGCUCCCCUCUCCUCUCUCUGUCACGCCAAGAGAGAGGGAGCGAGGAGGGAGGUAGCUAGGUGCCGCCUAGGGGGGUGGGUGCUUGCUUGGAGGUGUGAGGAGGGGGGGCCAUGGCGCCGGCGCCGUCUGCUGCUGGCGGCCGCCGCGUCGUCCUGCUGGCCGCGGCGCUCAUGGCGGCCUUCUCCCUCGCGGCGCGCGUGGCCAAUGCGGCCGUGUCGUACGACCGCCGGUCGCUCGUCAUCAACGGCCGCCGCCGCAUCCUCCUCUCCGGCUCCAUCCACUACCCGCGGAGCACGCCCGAGAUGUGGCCGGGGCUGAUUCAGAAGGCCAAGGACGGCGGCCUCGACGUCAUCCAGACCUACGUCUUCUGGAACGGCCACGAGCCCGUGCAGGGCCAGUACUACUUCAGCGACAGGUACGAUCUGGUCAGCUUCGUCAAGCUGGUGAAGCAGGCCGGCCUCUACGUCCACCUCCGCAUCGGCCCCUACGUCUGCGCCGAGUGGAACUUUGGGGGUUUUCCUGUCUGGUUGAAAUAUGUGCCGGGCAUUAGCUUCAGGACGGACAAUGGCCCGUUCAAGGCGGAGAUGCAGAAGUUUGUGGAGAAGAUCGUGUCGAUGAUGAAAUCCGAGGGAUUGUUUGAGUGGCAAGGUGGCCCGAUCAUCAUGUCUCAGAUAGAGAAUGAGUUUGGGCCAAUGGAGUCAGUCGGUGGCAGCGGUGCGAAGCCGUAUGCAAACUGGGCCGCAAAGAUGGCCGUCGGAACCAACACCGGCGUGCCAUGGGUGAUGUGCAAGCAGGACGACGCCCCUGACCCAGUGAUCAACACUUGCAAUGGCUUUUACUGUGACUACUUCAGCCCAAACAAGAAUUACAAGCCAGCUAUGUGGACUGAGGCCUGGACUGGCUGGUUUACAUCUUUCGGAGGUGGGGUGCCGCAUCGGCCAGCGGAGGAUAUGGCCUUUGCUGUGGCAAGAUUCAUACAGAAGGGUGGCUCUUUCGUGAACUAUUACAUGUACCAUGGAGGAACCAAUUUUGGACGGACGGCCGGUGGUCCCUUCAUUGCAACUAGCUAUGAUUAUGAUGCCCCGAUUGACGAAUUUGGUCUGCUUAGGCAACCGAAAUGGGGUCACUUGAGAGACCUUCACAAGGCCAUCAAGCAGGCUGAGCCUGUGCUGGUUUCUACCGAUCCGACAAUACAAUCUCUUGGCAGCUAUGAGAAGGCAUACGUCUUCAAGGCAAAGAAUGGAGCGUGCGCCGCGUUCCUGUCGAACUACCACAUGAAUUCUGCAGUCAAAGUCAGGUUCAAUGGGCAGCAGUACAACCUCCCUGCUUGGUCCAUCAGCAUUCUGCCGGACUGCAAAACCGCGGUCUUCAACACUGCAACGGUGAAGGAGCCAACUUUGCUGCCAAAGAUGAACCCAGUGGUUCGAUUUGCUUGGCAGUCAUAUAGCGAGGACACAAACUCGCUGGACGACAGCGCAUUCACAAAGGAUGGCCUUGUUGAGCAACUAAGCAUGACAUGGGACAAGUCAGAUUACCUGUGGUACACCACAUACGUCAACAUUGGUGCAAACGACUUGAAGUCUGGCCAGUCUCCUCAGCUCACCGUCUACUCUGCUGGGCACUCAAUGCAGGUGUUCGUCAAUGGCAAAUCAUAUGGAUCUGUUUAUGGUGGUUAUGACAACCCCAAACUGACAUACAAUGGACGUGUGAAGAUGUGGCAGGGCAGUAACAAGAUCUCCAUCCUAAGCUCAGCAGUUGGUCUCCCUAAUGUCGGCAACCAUUUUGAGAACUGGAAUGUCGGCAUCCUCGGGCCGGUGACCCUCUCCGGCCUGAAUGGAGGCACAAAGGACCUCAGCCAUCAGAAAUGGACAUACCGGGUUGGCCUGAAAGGCGAAUCGCUGGGCCUCCACACCGUGGCCGGAAGCUCCGCCGUCGAAUGGGGCGGCGCCGGCGGCUAUCAGCCACUGACCUGGCACAAGGCCUUGUUCAGCGCGCCGGCGGGGAACGACCCGGUGGCUCUCGACAUGGGCAGCAUGGGGAAGGGCCAGAUCUGGGUGAACGGCCACCACGCCGGCCGGUACUGGUCGUACAAGGCCUCCGGCGGCUGCGGCGGCUGCAGCUACGCCGGGACGUACCACGAGGACAAGUGCCGGUCCAACUGCGGCGACCUGUCCCAGAGAUGGUACCAUGUGCCAAGAUCAUGGCUGAAGCCGGGCGGCAACCUGCUGGUGGUGCUGGAGGAGUACGGCGGCGACCUCGCCGGCGUCAGUCUGGCGACGAGAACCACAUGAACAAGAUCCAGCAAACUCAAUGGAUCAACGAUUGAUACGAGUCGUCGACACGCGCGCGAGGAGUAGUUAGUUCAUCCGAGCACGCAGAAUUCGUCGACGGUAUUUAUACACACAAGACGAACACCUUACACAUUAAAAAAAAAAAGAAGAAGCACAGGAGCAGAGCAGCUAAUUUAUUGGGGAGUCGGAGAGGUGGUUGUCUGGCCGGCCGGCCAUCACUGCGGCUGCAGGAACGGCAGGCAGCUGCGUCGCCGGCCACCGGCCGGCACACAGGCGUUCGUUUCCACUGGUCAGAUGUCUACUACAGUGCAUAGAGCAUUUGUAACUUUGUUGUUGUUGUGUUGUUGUUGACGCUAUAGAUUGGAGCGCUACUUGUGAGCGUUGAUUUAUGCAGCAAAUCUGAAAUUGCUGGUGAC